UAUAAAAAUUACCGAAGGCGAAAACAUGGAAAAAGUAAAAAUCUUGUUAAAUCUGGGGCUGCUAUUGUCGGUUCUAAACUCAGGACUAGCUGCUGUCUUAAAUGCUAAAAAGCUUAAUAAAACAAAUGUCGAUCUUAGGGAGGUUGGAGAAUUAAUGAAAUUUAAAAUGGAAUGUAAGAAUUUCACAUCUUUUCGCAAAGAUUUUCAGAAAUUUGAAAUGGACCAAGCCAAUUGGAGUACAAAAGGCAACAUUAGCAAUUUAACGGUGGAAGGACUCAAUAAAUUUGAAAUUAUUGUCUUGAAUUGGAAUACUACUAAUAACCAGAUAAAUUUCGAGUUUAAUUUUCCCAAAAUAGAAAUUUUAAGUUCGUAUAAGCUAAGUGGAGUCUUCAAUAAAACUGCAACACCAAAAAUAAUCUUUGGCAAUGGUCUUUUCCAUUUGGAACUUAUCGAUCUUAAUAUAAAUGGCAGUUUUAAAUUGAUACCAACGCAAGAGGGGAGAGCUUUAACUUUGUCCAAUUUUACUACAAAAAUGAAGUUAAAAGAUAUCCACUCUACAAGCACAGGUUUUAUGAAUAGUACCAAAGCAACAGAAGUAUUAAAUUUUUCAAUACAAAAAGUUGUUAAUUUAUUAGUUACUGAACAGCAAUUCAGUAACUUACUAAAGUCGGUGGUGGAAUUAAUAACGAAAAAACAAUUAAUGGAUCUUUAGCAGAAUUGAAAUCUUAUGUAGAACUUGUAAACACAAAGAAACUGUCAAAAGAACAAUUGUGUAAUACAAGUGGAAAUGACAACGAAACUGGAAUUUCAGGGCAACAGAACUGGAACACUGAUAUAGACAAAAAAAGGUACCAAAGGACUAUUGUGAAAAAUAAGAAGUUUGUUUAAAAGAUUGGGAAGUUGAAAAACUAUAUGAAUAAUUUUAAAUUGAAAAAAAUUGUGAAUUCAAAAAAUUAAAAAA